AUGAAAAGCCCCGCCGGCGCCGGGAAAGCGCGUCCGGGGGCCUCUGCAAGGGCGCCCGGCCUUCCGGGACCUCCGAGCCCCGAGGGGCCCCGCGGGCCUCGCGGCGGACUGCGAAGCAGCUACUACGUCGUGGUCGGCCCGAACGGGGCCACGGGCAGCAGGCCUGGCAGGGCCCGGGCCCACAGCACUUGCCUCCGCUCCCCCAGCUCUUCCGUCUCGGGGGGAGCCUCCCAGUUCCCCAACUCCUCUCCGGCCAGGUCUUCCUCGUGUGCACCCAGGAAGCCAGGCUUCACUGGUGACAAAGGGAAGCCCCCUUCCCCUUGCUCCGUUGUUCAGCCUCACUCCAUUCAUCAAGAAGUGAUCCCACAGGGCAAGCCUCGCCCUGUUCCAGGGAAGCCCCAGUAA